AUGGAUGCCCUGCCAUUCCUUCUCGUCGAAGAGGCCAUCAAGAAAAACAAGGCUUCCAUAAAGCUACAGGAGUACGUUGCCUUAAUGGUUUGGGAGCGAGCACGAGUUGAGCAGACGUACAUCAAGAAUCUCAAUGGCUGGUCGGAGAAAAUUAUAAAGGAGGGAAAAGAGUUUCGAGAAGACGAAGUGUUCCAAGUGAUUGCCGACAUUUUACCGGGAGAGGCGGAACUAACGGCUGCCGCCCAUCAGCGUGUGUAUAACCAGAUCCUAGAGGACAGUGGACCAUAUAACGUUUUAUACAGGGAUAUGGGACUGAGGGAAGGAAUAUAUCACCAGCACAGUCAAGGGGUUGCUGGGAUUGAGGAAACCUUCGCCAAGGACAACAGAAAGAGAGUCAACCUGGAGUCGAUGAAUUCUCAGAGAAAGAGGGCAAUGCAGGAAUGUAAGGUGAAACUAGAUUUGCUGGAAUCUCAGAUGAUCACGAGAAGUCGCCUGGCCACUCGGCGGUCAUCAAAAGGGCGGAGAGUUGACAGUCUGAUGAACAAGAUGAUAGAUCAAAAACGGAAGUAUGACAUGGAGGUCGAGGGGUCAGAGGUCGCGGAGAGGGAACUAGAGUCACUCUGUCAAGGGAAAAAGAUGACACUACUGGAAAUGUUGAAAGAUUUGAGCGUUUUGGAAAAAGACAGAGUUCGACUAAUCUUCUGUCAGUUGAUAGAAUUCAUGACCAGACUUCGUCAUAUCGAAAUGCCGGAGGAGAGCGCCACCAGACGGCAUGCCAUGAACGAUAUGGUGAAAGCACUGUCUAAUGUAGAUGUGCUUAGUGUUGCCGAUGCCUCAUGGCAGAAGAUGGAACGAGCAGCGAAGGCUCGUAAAGUAGGGGUGGUCUUUUCUCUCCAGGACCUCGUAUCAUCCAGUGCCACACCUGCCUCUCCCCGACCUCCCGUUGGGUCUCUUCUUGCACGGUCCCCCUCCAGGUCUCCCCGCCUUGUCUUACCCCCCGCUGGGGAGGCGUCGUAUCUUCCAAGAGAGCUGAAUGAACGGAAGAGCAUAAGACCAAUUGGCGGGAAACAGCGUGAUCCAGAUCGUGAGAGAAGAGUGAAGUCCCCCAACAAAUCUCCGGUAACUAGUACAAGUGUUCACGUGUUCGAACCGCCUCCCGAUUCUUCUUCUGACGAGUCGGUAACUAAGGUAACGGCACUGAAAAGGCAGCGCCAGAGUUGUCGAGAAGAGGAACCAGAAAGAGUUAUCCUUUUCACAAGACCGGAAAUCUCGGAUACUUCAGUGCGGUCAGAUGAUAUAGAGACAAUCUAUCUGCCCGAGGAAGAUAUCCCAGCUUACCGACCUCCUGCUCCCUUCCCGCCUCGUCUCUUCUGUCCCAGUCUCUCUGAUGACGACGAGGACAGAGAGGAUGAUUUUGCUGACGAACCGAUCAUCGAAAAUCCUGCUACUAGGUUCGAAUUUGAUGCCAGCAACGUCCGUCUAUAUGCUAAACCGUUGGAUAGUGAGUCAGAGGAGGAGGAAGAUGAGAAGGAAGAAGAGGAGGAGACUGAUAACAUAGCUCUGAUGCGUGGGGUCCGAGUUGUAGCUCUCCAUCCGUACAGCGCGCGCACAACGGAUCAACUUUCCUUUAAACAAAAUCAAGUGAUCAAACAGAAAGUAGGCGCAAACGAGGAAGGUUUUGCAUAUGGCUGGACACGGGAGACAAAACUUAGUCAAAAACAGCAUGGUUAUUAUCCACAGGCCCUAGUCAAGCUGAUGGUCCCACAGCCAGGACGGUCAAACAAGAAGGCCAAGUAG